GAAAUCAUUCCAGUACUUGCUCAGGAAAAAGAGGAGGAGGAGGAGCUGCCUUGCUGGAGUGAGUUCAAUGAAAAUGAGCAGCUAAGAGAUCAUCUUCUGUAGUCAGUUGUGUGCAACCACCAGGCAACAUCUCUCAGAUUGUACCUACUACUCUCAACAUGUGGACUACAAAAUGCGCAGUAAUCUUUCUACUGAUCACGCUUGCAGAAGGCAGAGGGAAAAAACGCAAUGCAUUGCAUGACUAUAAGAAGACUGCUGAAAUGACAUUAACUAGACUAAACAAAGCACUGGAGGUGAAAACAAAAAUUUUCAACACCACUGAAAACUGUGCUAAGAGAUGUAGCCGGAACAAAGGACUUCCGUUUACUUGCAAGGCUUUUGCUUUUGACAAAAACAUAAAAAGAUGCCAUUGGUUCUCAUUCAACACUAUGUCAGCAGGAAUAAAGGAUAAAUAUGACAUUUCAUUUGAUCUUUAUGAAAAGAAAGAUUAUAUCAGAGACUGUAUUCAUGGAAAAGGGAGCAAUUACAGAGGGACCAGGAAUGUAACUAAGAGGGGUCUUGCAUGCCAGCCUUGGAAUUCAAUGAUACCCCAUGAGCAUAGCUUUUUGCCUUCGACUUACCGUGGAAAAGAUCUCAAGGAGAACUAUUGCCGAAAUCCUAAAGGGGAAGAAGGAGGACCUUGGUGUUUCACAAAAAGUCCAGAGGUUCGACAUGAUGUCUGUGACAUCCCAUUUUGUUCAGAAGUAGAUUGUGUAACAUGUAAUGGAGAACACUACAGAGGUCCAAUGGAUUAUACAGAAUCAGGAAAAGAAUGUCAGCGCUGGGAUUUACAGAGGCCCCAUAAGCACAAGUUUCGCCCAGAAAGAUAUCCUAACAAGGGGCUGAAUGAUAAUUACUGCCGCAACCCUGAUGGCAAGUCCAGGCCUUGGUGUUACACUCUUGACCCUAACACCCCCUGGGAGUUCUGUGCAAUUAAACCCUGCGUACACAGCAUUGUCAACAAUACAGAUAUUACAAAAGAGUGCAUGAAAGGCCAAGGUGAGGGGUAUCGUGGAAGUGUCAGCACAACAUACAAUGGAAUUCAGUGUCAGAGGUGGGAUUCUCAGUUUCCACACCAACACAAUUUUACUCCAGAGAACUACAAGUGCAAGGAUCUAAGUGAAAAUUAUUGCCGAAAUCCAGAUGGUUCAGAGUCACCGUGGUGUUUUACUACAGACCCAAAUAUUCGUAUUGGACACUGCUCACAAAUACCAAAGUGUCAAGCCUCUAAUCAGCAAGAGUGUUACUAUGGGAAUGGAAGCACCUACAAGGGGACUUUAUCUAGAACACGAUUUAGGCUUCCUUGUUCCAUGUGGGAAAAGAAUUUGCAAGAUCUAAAAAGACACACAUUCAAUGAACCUGAUGUAUCUAUACUCGAGAAAAAUUACUGCAGAAAUCCAGACAAUGAUGCCCAUGGACCAUGGUGUUACACAGACGAUCCUUUUGUGCCAUGGGACUAUUGCCAUAUAUCAAGAUGUGAAGGAGAUACAACUAAAAUAAUGGCAAACAUUGACAGUCCGAUCACAUGUUCAUCAUCCAAACAGUUAAGGGUUGUAAACGGCAUUCCAACACAGACAAGAAAAGUUUGGAUGGUCAGUGUGAGAUACAGGAACUCUCAUAAGUGUGGAGGGACGCUGAUAAAAGAAAACUGGGUUUUAACAGCGAGGCAAUGCUUUCUUUCAGGAGAUAACGACCUGAAAGAUUAUGAAGCAUGGCUUGGAGUCCACAAUAUAUAUAGUACAACAGAGAAACACAAACAAGUUCUCAAUAUAUCACAACUGGUACAUGGGCCUAAAGGAUCAAACCUUGUUCUCCUAAAGCUUUCAAGACCUGCUACUCUGAAUGCCUAUGUAGACAGAAUAAAACUGCCUAAUUAUGGAUGCACCAUUCCAGAAAAUACUAUGUGUUCAGUAUAUGGAUGGGGACACACUGGAACUAAUGAUUAUGAUGGCCAGCUCCAGGAAGGCACUUUGCAUAUUGUUGGAAAUGAAAAAUGCAACGAACAUCACAAGGGAAAAAUCACAGUUAAUGAAUCUGAAAUAUGCGCCAUGAGUGAAACUGCCAACAUAGGACCAUGUGAGCGUGAUUAUGGAGGACCGCUCAUCUGUGAAGAAAACAGGACACACCUGGUACAAGGAGUGAUUAUCCCUGGACGUGGUUGUGCCAUCCAAAAGCGCCCAGUCAUUUUUGUCAGGGUAGCUUAUUAUGCAAAGUGGAUACAUAAAAUAAUGUUAACGUAUAAGGCUCCAUAAAUGCAAUAAAUCAAAUACACAGACAGAUUAUUAUAAUCAUAGUUAUGAUGCCUAAAACUUACUUGAUGGUCAAGUUUUACUGUUUCCCAUUUGUUUUUUUAAAUUUAUGGGCACAUCGUCUAAGUAUUACGUUUAUGUGAGAUGAACUGUAAAUGUAAGGUGAUAUUUCCUGAGUAUACUUGAAUAACUUUUUGGAUAUUUAAGGGCUGGGGACAUUUAUUUGGGUUUCUUUAUGCUGCUCCAGUGGUUCAUAUAAUCCAAUGAACCUAAUGUUUAACACUGAAUUUAUUUUUUUUUCAAUAAUAAACAAGUACAUAAAGGAAGCAAUUAUCAAUGUACUAUAAAUUAGGCUGUCACUUUGCUAUUUAAAAAGUAAAAAGAAAACCUGAAAAACUGGAGCAUACCACACAACACAAGGUAAUUACGUCACCCAUUUAGAAUGUUCCCGACUUUCUGUAGCACUAAUAAGUCACCUUCAAGUGGUUUGGAGGCUACAAGUCUGGAAUGACAUUGUAAAAACUUCUUCCAUAAAUUAUUAGGGUCACUACCUAUAAAUACAUAAUAGGCAUAGCCAUACAGCUAUUUAUUAUUUAUUUCUGACUAUCACCCUUAAAUAAAACAUCUCUUUGCAGUAAUGGUUUUAUUUAGUAUUAGAAAGAUUUACAUACUGUAUGUCUAUUGAAAGCCAUCAAUGUUAUCUAUUCAGAACAACCAACUGCAACUACUAAAGCCUCUGUAUUAUUUGUUUUUCUUUUGUCUGCCAUGCAAACUUUUAUCAGUUAUUAGCAAUUUUGUUCAAAAAUAGUUCCAAAAAUAGUGCCAAACCUGUACUCCAUAUAACUGCCAGAAUUGCUGCCAUGCACUUGGUUGUAGGUUGAAAUAAUGUGACAGACUUUUAGCAUAGAAUCUUUUUUCAAUUUUAUUCACUUUACUUAGGUAAAACAAAUGUUGUUUGGGACAACAACUGGUUAAUUAAGCAAAGUAUUUGCUUUUAUCUAAAUCUAUAAAUUAUUGGCUUAAAGCUGUUACAGUUUAUUAAACAGAACCAAAAUUGAGGGGAAAAUUUAGAAGAUGAGAACCUUAUGUGCAGUAUUUGAGUUUCUUAAACGUAAAUGUGAAGAAUUUUGCCAUGAUUUGAAGUUUAUUUUACCAUUAAAAGGUCAGUAUUAUAAUGUACAAAGAGAAAUAUAUUGUAUAUAAAUAUUUAAUAUGAUGUAUCUUGCUGUGCGAGAGACAGUUGCUUGGUACUCAGUAAAAACGAUGUAUAUUUGUUGUCAGUCUUUCUGGGCAGUGCCUCAAAGAAUUUUUUUUUUUUUUAAAGAUAAAAUGAUUGUAUGAAAGCCAAAAUAAAAAGUAACAUUAAAAAAAACUUUAACAUUAAAAAAAAAAUUAUACAUAAAAAUACGUUUCUGAUUCCUUGCCUUAUUCUUUGGUUGCAGAAUUGCAUGCAAUGACAUGCACUUACAUCUAUUGAUAGUUUUCUAGUCUUUACAUAUGGAUAGGGCCAGUGUAAAUUAAGUGCUUCAUAAGCCAUUUACAUGAAACAUUCUUUUUUGAUGUUGCAACUUUUUGGCAUUUCCAAAUGUUUCAUAUAUAUCAACACUAAUAAACCCACUGUUAUGCAUUUCACACUACUCACUUAAAUUAUGUCCAUGUUUGAUAUAUUCAUGGGCACUGUGGCAAAUGACAGUGGAAGGUUUAGUUCUGAGCUCAGUGAUUUAUCAUCUGGGUAUAACAGCUCUAAUGUUACUUGACUUGAUUAUUAGAUAAAAUACAGUUCAAUGUGAAGUACCUAUAUCUAUACUAUAUUAUUGACAUUCGUAAAAAGUGCCAUUUAACUUCCAUAAAUAAUAUGUUUCUGAACAUUCUCAUUCAUCCAGGUCAUGAUAUACUGUACAGUAUUAGUAGAAUUGAGUGUAAAGCAACUAGACUUUGAGUUUUCUUGAAAACAUUUUACCACUCAUCCAAGCGGCUUCUUCAGCCCAACUGAACUGUUGAACAGAAGAAGCCACUUACUCGCGUGUGUGGUGAAAUGUUUCAAGAAAGCUUAGAAAUUCCAGUUGCUUUACACUUAAUUCUACUAGAUACUUCAUAAAUAAUGUGUGUGCCAAGGUUGUACAGUAGGUUAGAUAUAAUCACUGCAUUACUUACAGUGAAGCUUUAUUUAAUGUGCAAGAAAAAACAAACUUAUAAAAUACUUUAAAGACAUUUAAAGAAAUGGCCCAUUGGCCAUUUUGAUUAUCACAGUCUGCUCAGGGAGAACAAAGGAAAUAAAAACCCUCUGCCAGAAGCCCGUAACCUUUCUAUAUACUAUAUUAUGCACACAGUUUUGCAGGAAGAGGGGAAUUGCAAAAAGUGGACUUAGGAGCAUAUUUGUUGCAGUAUAUCUAUGGUUGCCCAUAGCAACCAAUCAGAUAUUUGCUUUUGUUUUCUAACUUGUAGGGAACCAUUCAAUUCUAAUUGCUCCCUGCUUGGUAUGUACAACAUCACCAAUUAUAUUGGCUUAUGCACUAUAAUAAAUACGCCCCUUAAUGUAAUAAAGCAAUCCCCAUCUACAAAUAGAAGGGUCUUCUCUAGAUUGUUUAUACACACCUUAGGGUAUUAUAAAUCCUAUUAGAAUAUGUAAGGGCAGUAUUACAGUACAGUUAAAUGUAUAGCCCUUUUUUAAUUGGUCCCUUGAUUAAUAGCUCUCAUUUAUAGUUGAAAUUAGGGUGGACAGACUUUUCUGCAAUGCAGUAUAUGAAUAUGAUUGCUACAGUGUAAUAAUCCCAGUACCAAGCAAUACAAUGUAACUUUUCAAAUUGAAGGCCAUUAUGUUCAGCAGGAUUGUUAAUGUACGUUUUAUACAAUGUAAAAUCUGUAAAAAUAUUGUAUCGCCAUUUAUUAAUAUUUGUAUUUUUGUAAUUAUGUUUACUCAUCAAUAAACUAUUUUAU